AUGCCUUGGCCGCUUGAAAAGGAGUUUCUCUUGUCGCUGGGGAUUGCCGAAGAACUCCCCGUUCUGUGGAGUACCCUGAAAGUUUGUCCAGAGUGUUUUUCACCGGAAGCCCAGGUGGUGUGCGAGGACUGUCGAUGUGUUCGCUACUGCUCGGAAGAAUGUCAAAGCGAUCACCAACACAAGCAUCAGGCAGUGUGCUCCAAACUCUCAAGAAUACAAUUCGCUGAGUGGGAUGACUUGGAUUUGAAAGGGCCCGAGGUUGUUUGCAUUGACAAAGAGAAAGAAGGUGAAAAGGAUACAGCGAACGAAUCCUCGUCCGCUGCUGUUCGUUCCAUCAGCUCUGAGGAUAUCAUGCUUUUGACACAACAGUGCCUCCAAAAUGAAGUCGAUCCAAGUGACCUGGCACAUCUUCCCAAUGGAGGCCCUCAGACACUCAAAGAGGCCAUGAAGUUGCUCCAGUCAGUGGCAUCCCAUUGUGGUGAUCCCAAUGCUCAAUUUGGCAUGGCCCUCUUGGCGACUCGUGCUCAAAAAGAUGACGAGGCGCUUCGUUGGACCCGUUCUGCCGCUAAAAAUGGACUGGCGGAUGCACAGGUUCGCUAUGCCAUGACGUACUGGUUUGAUGGGACUGCCGAUCAUACCGUUGAUUUGGUCCAGUCCAUUCUGUGGCUGCGCAAGGCGUUGGCACAAGGCAAAUCGGGGUUGAGUACUCCGUCCUUUCACAAGGCUGCCAACAUGGUCCGUAUGAUGGCUAAUCAGUACUACAACACCAUGAAUCGGUUGGAGAUGAAGCAACGAGGGAUUGGGUUUCAACGAGAAAUGAAACUGGUCGCUGACUGCGGGAUCAUUCAAGCCAUUAACAUGGUCUGGCUAGUACAUUCCAAAGGCGACUGGUACGAAAACUUUUUUACACAAAUUGAACAAGAAAAAGAUGUAAAUGUAGGUUGA